AUGGCAAACUCCCUACCGUCUCUGGCUAUCCCAGGCCAGCGCCUAGGGGCAGCUGCGACUUUCUCCGCUGGCCCUGGGACCCAUGUUCACCACUCCCACAUCUAUGCAUCGAUCGCCGGACCGGUCUUUGUUGAUCAGGCGGAGCCAAAGUCUCAAGCAAAGUCAGUACUCAGUGUUUCGAGAACAGCGAGGAAGGCUACAACGGCGACGGGCACAUCCACACCUACCGCGCCUGCACAAACCACAAUUUCAAACCCGAAAUCCAAGUACAACACACUCCCAGCCGUCGAUGCAGUCGUCCUAGCCCGUGUAACCCGCGUUCAGAAACGGCAAGCAACGGUCUCAAUACUCGUCGUCUUAGACGACUCCAAGAGCUCUCAGGCAUUGAACCCCUCACAGUCGGCGUCGGAUAACGAUAACAUCGAAUCGAUCCUAUCCUCCGCCGCAAACCCCGAGAACCACAGCAGCUCUGACGAGCUUCGAUUCCAAGCGCUUAUCCGGAAGGAGGACGUGCGCGCCGUCGAGAAAGAUCGGGUUGCCAUGGAUGAGAUGUUUCGGGUUGGAGAUAUUGUUCGCGGGACGGUGAUUUCUCUCGGCGACCAGAGCUUCUAUUAUCUUACGACUGCAAGAAAUGACCUCGGCGUUGUCAUGGCUCGCAGCGAGGCGGGUAACAUGAUGUUCCCUGUUAGCUGGAAGGAGAUGAGAGACCCUGUUACGGGGGCUGCAGAGCAGAGGAAGGUGGCAAGGCCUUUUUGA